AUGGGAGGUCCUAGUCAUAAUGAAACUUUUUUUCCCCCAACAAAUCUCCUGCAUGAUGAUGGGUAUGAGUAUGAGCCUUAUGUCAAUGACGAUCCAAUUGCCCUUAUUGGUGAUGAUGAUGAAAGAGUUGAGGGGUGCAGUAGUUCUGAAGAUAACUCAGAGGAUCAGUUGUCGAUGCUACAUGUGGUUCAAGUAGAUAAUUUAAAUGUACGACCAUUGCCAAGUCGUCAAGAAAGCCAAGGACGGAGGACUGCUGGAUCAGAGAGCAGUCGUCCAACUACACAAGAUGAUGGAAAUAGAUGGAGUUCUCCAGCAGGGACACUGGAAGCAUCCUACCAGAAGUUACCAUCGUACCUGUUCAUGCUUCAACAGAAAAAUCCCGGGACGUUGACAGAUUUUGUCACUGAGGAAAAUCGAUUCAAAUAUUGCUUUUUCUCACUCGGAGUUAGUAGAAGAGGGUUUCGUACAUGUCGUCCUGUGUUAUGUGUGGACGGUACCUUUUUAAAGACAAAAUACGGUGGGCAGAUGUUAUGUGCAGUCGCGCUGGAUGCAAAUAACCAUCUAUAUCCAGUUGCAUUUGGUAUUGUGGAUAGUGAGAAUCAUGAUUCUUGGAAGUAUUUCAUGUCAAAGCUAAAAGAAGCGAUUGGGGAAGUCGAGGACCUGGCGUUUGUAUCUGACAGGAAAUUCGAGUUCCAUGCUAACUUCAAAAAAAUCAAAUCAAAAGACUCAGCCAUUGCUCAAUACCUAGAAGGAAUGGGUUUUGAUAAGUGGUCCCGUGCUUACUUUCCUGGAAAUAGGUACAAUAUAAUGACAAGCAAUUACGCUGAAAGUUUCAACAAUAAGACCCGGGACGCUAGGAGCUUUCCGAUAACUACAUUCGUCGAAUUUAUUCGCUUCACACUACAGUCCUGGUUCUGUAAUAGGAGAGAAACUAGCGAGAAGACAACUACCACUCUUGCACCGACCUAUGAGAAAAAUUUGGUGGAUAUGGCUGAGAAAGCUCAAUUCUUGAUUCCUUAUGCAAUAGGGAGGCAUGAGUUCCAUGUGUUAGAUGGUGAGCUGAAUGGUGAAGUCGACCUCCUGAAUAAGACAUGCACAUGCGGCGUGUUUCAGAUUAUUGGUAUCCCAUGUGCUCAUGCACUAUCUGGAUCCCUUAAGCGAGGGGUGAACUUUUAUUCGUUGUGUUCAGAUUACUAUAAAAUUGAGACAUGGAGGUCCUCUUACACAGAAUCUAUAUAUCCUACUGGUAACGAGGAAGAGUGGAUUGUUCCACAUGACAUUAUGACAAUAACAGUGAGAACACCUGCGCAGAAAAACCCGGUUGGUCGUCCAAAGAAUAAACAAGGUAGGCCUAAGAUGAAACGCCAUCCUUCCAAUGGAGAUAAAUUGGUUGUUCCACGCAAGUGCAGCACUUGUGGAGGUCUAGGCCAUAAUAGGGCAACUUGUAAAGUUCGUGUUUGA